AUGGACGCCUUUUGGUCUCACAGCUGGCAUGGGUCAUCAUGGAUGAAGAUUGCCACAGUGUUCUUCUUGAGUAAUGCAACGGCCGCCUGCACCAUUAGCACGGCCGCUGCCAUUCUGGCGGGAAUUGCGUUCGGGCUGGGGUGGCUGCCUUCAUUCGACUCACAGUCAGUGCAGUGCUUCUGGUGCAUGGGAGUCGGCUGCGUAAGUUAUGCGUUGGCACUGCUGUACUGGCGGUCGCGCCGCAAAGUCUUUGUCGACCGUAUUUGUAUAUCUCAGGAUGACCCGCAGCUCAAAGCAGAAGGUCUGUUUAGUUUAGGAGCCAUUCUACAAAGUGCUGAUGAAAUGCUGGUGCUCUGGGAUCCCAGCUGGGCUCGUCGAUUGUGGUGUGUCUUCGAAUUGGCCGCUUUUUUGUACACCCGGCCCUCAAACCUACAAAAGCCGCCGGUCAGCAUUCGCCCCACCCUGCUGGGACAUACCAUCUUCAGUGUGUUGGUUGCGCUGCUGCUUGCGGGUUGGACAUUCCAUCUCUCCAUGAUAUUCGGCUACAGCUUGCAGAUGGGGGUGCUGGCCUCAUUGGGCCUCUGUGGCGUCAUCUUCUUUGCGAUUGCCCAUCUGGCCCGGGUGUACUGCCGUAACGUGACGACCUUGUGUGACCAGGUUGCCACUUUCCGUGUCGCAACUGCUAAGAGCUACUGUUGUGAUGUGGAUCACAAGGUAUCUGGUGACGACCAGCCCAUGAUAUGCGACAGGGAAAUUGUACAGCGGUGUAUCGUGAAGUGGUUCGGCAGUGUUCCUUACUUAGCCAAUAGAAGAACUUGA